AUGAAGGCCUUUUUCUCUCGCCUUCACCUCGGCGGCAGCACAAAGGACAAGGACAAAGACACUCCUCUCACAAAGGAAAAGUUUCCACCGCUCAGGCCAUGGCCUCCUCCAGACAACAAUAAUUCUUCCCUCAAGCCUCUCCCAGAUCUCAUUCCUACCGAACGUCCAUUACCACCUAUAGAGCCCACUGAAUCUCUUUCUGCUUCAUUUGCUGGUGUUAAUCAGUCCUCCUCGUCAUCUUCUAGUACUCCUACUCCUCCUUCCAAAUCCCCUACACCAGUACCCGAUGAACCUUACUCAGAGCUUCCUCUUCGCACGACAUCUCCUCGGCAGGAUCCAGACUCAACUGGGCGCAGCUCGAGAAAGGCUGUGAAUGGUGCAACUUCCCCAAACGCUACCAACAUUGAGGUCCAGAAGAAGGUCGCAUUCAUAUCUCCCUCUCCAACCCAGACCAUCGUCGAUCGUGCCAUGCCCGAUUCACCUGGUAGUCCUUCGUUUACCCCAAGUUCUCCACCUCUCAAAACAACAGUGUCGCGUUUUCAGGCUACGCAUGGCAAGGAGCCUCGUGGAUCAACAUCUUCCACAGGCGCAUCGUCUUCAAAGACCGACCUCGGCUCUUCUAGCAAGGCUUCCGCUGGAAAACCCCCGUCGAUGCGAACUUCAUCGCCGUAUUCACAUAAACAAGACGGUGCAUCGGCACAAUCGCUCCGGUCCGCCACACCCUACUCACAGAUGUCCAACAACACCAGCGGCAGUCGUAUUCUUGGAGCGACAUCUUGGAGUGAAGUGACGGAAGAAGACCUUGUAUCGAAUCUUGGAUCACGGGAGCGUACCCGCCAAGAAGUAUUGUUUGAGAUUAUACAUAGUGAAGAGAGAUAUGUGCAGGAACUAGCGAAAAUGAAGGAAACAUUCAUUGACCCGCUUCUUCACCCAUAUUCAUCAUCAGCUGUCUCCUCAAUGUCAUCAACACCCAACCUCGACUACGACUAUCAUCGUUCUGAGUCACCGACUGCUGAAUCUGCGGAUCAGUUACCCCCGAUAGCUGCACGUUUCAUGUCCCCUACUCCUUCUAUUCCUUCCUCGCGCCAUAAAGACACUCCAAACAUUGAUGGCGACUCAAUGGAUUCGGAUGAUGAGGAAGACGACCAGUUAGGGAAGAGCUAUCCGUCGCGACGCCCCGGGAACAUCAGUGCAGCGUCCAAACUCAAUCACCCUCGAUCCCCUUAUCGUUCUAACGUCUCACGGAACGGUACCAAAACAGCGGGAGGUACCUCAGUACCGUUCCCUUCGCGGUCCCAUCAUUCCUUACCUCCACCACCUCGAACUAAUCAGUUCAAUUCAUCUACUCAGUCCCUCGGCAGACAGUCGACGGUCAUAGAACGCGACCAGAAGCGGGAGCGUAAUUACAGCCACGGCCAGUCCACAAUUGCCGACCGCAAAGGGGAACAACAGCAAAUCAAAGGAAUGCUUCGAAAGUUAAAGAGGAGCGAAAAUUCUCGGAAUGGGGAUGUUUUGGGUGAUACUGUGGCCCCGCAUCAACUUCCUGAGGACCUGCGGAUAUGCUUAGAGGUUAUUGAUGGCGGUGUGUUCGAUGGACAUAAGAGGCUUUCAGAGGCACUCAAGAAGAGAUACGACGAACAAUUUCCUCUGGUGCGAUCGCUAGCAGAUGUUUUUGUCGCCAAUUCCGAUAUCUUUACUGGGUAUGCCAAAUACGUCCUUCACCUAGAGCGCGCUCUGGAACAAGUAGACGCCGCAUUAUCGAAUGUUUCUACGAAGAAGCCCAAAAAUCAAGAUAUGGCGGAGUGGCAGAAAGUCUGUAACCUUCUGCAGAAGCUUGAAGAGACUGCCAGCGAAAAGGGCGAGACCGGUCUUGCAAUCACCCUUUCGAAGCCCUUCCAACGUUUACUCAAAUACCCACUUCUCUUCCAGAACCUUCUCUUCCACACAGACCCAAGUACAUUCGAAUACGAGAGUACACUACAGAUGGUCGCUGAGGUGGAGUCCAUUAUUCGCAGCAUUGAAGACGAAAAGAUUCAGAAGGAGGAACGGGAUAAAACUAGAGAUGUCUUUGCCCGAAUUGAAGGACUCGACAAGGUGAGGCAAGUUGCCUUACCUAAACCUUCACGGAUCCUAGUAGAGGAACGGCAAUGCGCUCCUAGUACGGGUUCCUCAACCUCUCCACUGAAAUCCUCAUCUCCCCCACCUGCAAUGAACCCAAAGGGAGUCAGAGGUAAAUCUUCCUUCAAACGUCUCAGUGAUGUCCUCUCCACGGGGAAAAAAGAUUUAUGGUUGGUUGUUUUCAAUGACGUUGUCUUGCUUUGUCAAAGGACGGGAACGACAUCAUUGCCUCUGGUAGCGGCGACCAAUUCGAGGACAAACUCAUUGCCUGAGCUUCAAGGCCGGUCGAAGUACGCCACCACUGGCCGCCGCAAUUCACACACGAAGCCGAGGAACUUGUACAAAUUCAUAAAGAUCGAAACAUGGGCAAUCGGUGAUGUUGCACAACCUCGAGAGGGAGUCAUUUCGAUGGAAGAUGUUGCCCGGUCUCGUGCUCAAGUAGGCAGGCAGCAGCCAAGGAUCGUCCCUCUUCCCGACGAUGAUGAGGAUGAGGAUGGUGGCGUUGACUCAGAUGACUCUGACAGAAAAAGCAAAAUGAGCUUCUCCUAUUGGGGUGCUGACAAAGUCACUGUUCAGAAGCCAAUGAUCAAACCGAGGAUCACUGCAAGACGAGGCGUAGGCGGACCGUCGUACGCGAGGGAGUCGUCCGCCAACGCUAAGUUUGGCACACGACUUGUUGUUUCCCCCGACCAAUCUCCACACAACCGACCUGUUAGUCGUCGAGCAGCCCCAACACCAUCCCGACUCCGACCGUCGAACAAUGAUGAAACUAAAUCCACGGUAACAAGGCCAGGCUGGAAUAGCAAUACUAGCACGCGAUUUCCAAUUGUGGCUUCUCCCAUUCCUAAACAAAGGUCUCGAAAUACUUCACAGACCAGUGCUGCUACCGGAACCCCCCGAACCACUACUGCCAAAGCGAUGUCAUCUCCUGCCCCCUCAGAGGACUCUGGGGUCUAAAGGUGAAGUUUUGAUCCUUGCGCUGCUAGUCUCCACAAUUACGCUAUCGACUUUUUUAUUAUACCUCCUUCCCCCGUUUGUUUGGACGUCAUCCCCAAUUUUUUUGCAAUCGUUAUUCACCCAUGCAAUCGAUUGCAACUCUCGCU